AUCGUAUUGAGAAUUAUAAUUUUCAUACAUUUUACAUAAUACAAAUUAUAAAUGAAAGAUCUUGAUAUUACGGAUUAAAAUUUCAUAAAUGUGUAUGCCUUAUUUAAUCUGGAUUGUAGACGUUUUUCCACCAAUGCAUUGGAAUGUAAGCCAAGUAGCUUUGUAAUUUAUACGACUGAUUAAACGAUUUUUUCCACAUAUAUUUAACCGGAACAAACGAUUUUCUAUCGAGGCGAUGUCUUUGGCCUCCUUACGUUUGCGUGAUGUCGCUGGAGGAGGAAGGCAAAUGGUGGCAAGACAUGCGGCUUUGGGGUUGAUUAGAAAAGUGACACCGCACGCACAGCAGGGGGCUAAAAGUCCGCUCAAGACACCACAUGGCACCACCGCAUGCCACCACUGGCUUCAGUCAUCGAAGACAUGUCGUUCCCUGCGCGCGGAUACAGUUCCGGAGUUCGCUGUCAAAGGUAUCCCGGUGGAUCCAGGUACCAGGGCAAAUGGCUGGGCAUGCAGCCUCAUGGCUUUGGAGUGAAGCGGACCAGCGGUGGCUUGGUCUACGAGGGUCAAUGGCACCUGGGGCAGCGGCAUGGCUAUGGAACUCUGCGUCGGAAGGAGCCAAAUGGUGGCACACUCCGCAUCUACGUGGGUCAGUGGCAACAGGAUAAGCGAAGUGGCGAGGGAAAGCAGUUCUACCCCGAUGGAUCCGUGUACUUUGGCCAGUGGGAGGCGGACCAACGGAGUGGUCAGGGCAUCCUCUGGAUGCCGGAUGGAGGAGUCUAUGUGGGCGAGUGGCUACAUGACCAAAUGCACGGAAAAGGAGUACUUUUUACGGCCAAAGGAAGUCGCUAUGAAGGCCAAUUCGAAGGAGGCUGCAAGUCAGGGGCGGGAGUUUUCUAUCAUGACAACGAUGGAAGGAGAAUUCAACGCGGCUUUUGGAGUCAGGACGUCUGCAAAACGUCACUAAUGCCCUUGCUAACAGGAUAAAAUAAUAAAUUUAGUUCAGAAGCUUUCUUGUAACACUUAGAUAACAUAUAUUUGGAUAGAAAAUCAGUUUUUAAAUAAGAAUUGUAACUAAUGCUAA